AAACGAAUAAAGAAAGGUGAAAUUGGUUAUUCUCUGAAACACUUAGCGUUCGCUAGCGGUCUCAUACGUCGCUGUCAGUCAUAAAUUAGGGGAAAGGAAGAGAGCUAUCAAAAGCAAAGCAUAUGAGAUGCUAUACUUUAAUCCUCUCUCUUUCUCUCUCUGUCUCUCUCUCUCUCUCUCUUCGAGCGGGAAAAAUGUAAAGCCUUUUUCCUUUCUAUCACCUCAUCCAUUUCAGUUCACCCUUCACCAACGACAGAUACAACGAGCUCCCUACACCUCUUUUCAACUGUCAUCAGUUUCUUCUUCUGUUUCUCUAUCUGGAUGAGUUUUUGACAGUACCGAUUUCUCUCUGGUUACGUGCAUCUUCUUUCAAGAGUUAGCAUGGCUGUUGUCUCUAAAGGCUUUUCCAUCCGCGAGUAUGCUUCCAAAAUGAGAAGCAUCGACGUGGUGAAAAGCUGGCCGUUCUGUGGAGGUUCUUCUUCUUCUUCAGAUGAUGAUAAUGGUAACAGUAUGGUAAACAAACAAACCAUGGAAUCUCUUCUCCCUCCGAUCACAGUCAUCAAAUUCCGCUGGUGGUCCGAAGAGCUUGAUCUUCUCAAAUCAACUGAAUUAGCUAACAUAGAAAGCAGCGGCAUGGAAAAUAACAAGCUUCAAGAAACGCAACCCAGAAGCGAAAAUGAUUUGUUGCAAGUAAAUCUUCAUGUUGGGGAGAAAUCCGAUGAAAGAUCAGACAUGUUGGAAUGUCCCGUUUGUGGGGCAUUUGCUGCUUCCACAGUGAAUGCGUUGAAUGCUCAUGUUGAUAGCUGUCUUGCUCAAGCAUGUAGAGAAGAGAGGCGCCAAAUGAGGAUGGCAAUUAAGGCUACAAAAUCAAGAGCCCCCAAGAAACGAUCCAUCGUUGAGAUCUUUGCUGCGGCUCCACAGAUCCACAUGGUUGUUGAUGCUGCUGAUGAUAACAAUUUGCUGGAUGAAAAUGAAAAUGGCAGUUUGGACAACAAGUUGAAUUGCAAGAUUGAGAGGCCAAAGAAGAAGAAGAAAAAGAAGAAGAAAGUGGCAAUUGUGAAAAAGUUGAAGAAGAGAAAGAGGAAGUUGGAGAAGAAUAAGAAUAAGAAGCAAGAUGGGCUAAUUGUUAAGAAGAAGAAUGGUUGCAAGCAGAAGCUGCAAAUUCCUGUCAAUUUCAAUAGAAAAUCAAACAGGGGCUCAAACGCUGUUUCUAUCCUUAGAAAGAAACCAAGUCUCAAAUGCGUGUCUGCAAAGAAGAAAAGCAAGGUUGUUCAGGUAUCCAAGCCAAUUGUAGAGCAUGAGCCAAGUUCACCUGUUCUAGGCAUUCUCAAGAAUCCCACAAAAUGUGUUUCUGGACAAAAUCCAACAAUAUGUAAUUUGAGGGCCACUACUCAAACAAAUACCUGCGGCGUUCAACAUUCAGUCAGGCAUGUCAGUUUCUCAGGUAAGGAUGGCAUACUUGGUCCCCAUAAGAAACAUGAUGCUUCAUUUGAGAAAAGCAUUUGCCACAUUGAUUUGGAUUCAUUUGAUCUGUCAAAAAAAGGCCUUCAGAAUGAAGGUGAUAAGGAAUUUCUGGCCAGAGAGAUAAACAGAAGUGAUGAGGAAGAUGUUUCUUUUAGCACAGAAAAUGGAAUUGGGGUGCAAGCUACAAUGGAAAAGCAACAGUUGCCUGAUUUUCAUCACAAUGUUGAUAUACCAAAAUUUCUCAGACCUAGUAUCAAUGAGCAAGAAAAAAUAAAUCAUUUUUCGGAUAGAUCUUUGCAACCAGGUCAAGUUGUAUUAGAUUCUGGUAAUUUUCAUAUGUCUAAUCAAGGAAAUCAAAAUAUAUUUUGUAGCCCUCCGUCUACUGGUGUUCCUAGACUCUUUUCUGCACCGAAAGAGAUCCAAAAUCCUUUUGUCAAUUCACAAGUAUGUGGUGGUGUUUCUACGGCUUUGAAUUACAGUUCCCUGUUUGUUGAUUAUUUUGGAGAUCACACCCGGGAAGUUGCUAUAAGUUCUAAGGCAAAUCCAAGGGCAUCUUUGCAGCCUUUAUCAUCUGGUUUUGCUUUGAUUAAAAAUGCCAAUGAAAGUGCUCCAUUUACAUCAGAAAAUGUUUCAGGCCAUCCUUUGUCCCAUCAGCCAUUUUAUCAUUUGUCUCCUAUUGAACUGAUGGGGAAGCAAUGUCCCUUUCCAGAAUGGAAACAGAAGGCAGUUGCCUUUUCAGAAAAGUACAGGGAUGAGGGAUAUUUUGGUUUGCCUCUUAAUUCACAAGGUGAACUAGUACAGGCAAAGUCAAGUGGAAAUGGAGGAUUCAACCAGCUAAAGAAAUUGAGUCCAGUAUCAGGUUCUUCCAAUAGCAUUAACAAUCUUGUCUUGCCAAGGAGCAUGGAUGAUCAUUCAAUUAUGAAAGGGAUGCAUUUUACUGAAAGGGCACUUCCAAAUAAUCAGUUAAGUUUGUUUCCUGCACGGAAUCACUUGAAAGUGAAUGCUACUGUACAUUCACCAGUUAGAUUAGGGGCUACAGAAUUGCAAGGCCAUAGAAAAGAAGAUGGCUUCCGUCUAAAUUCUAAUAAGAGAUGCAACCAUUCCAUCUGCUUGAUGAAUUCAGACCUAAAUUUGAUGAACAUCUCUUUCAGUGGAUGUGGGCAAUAUGACCAGUUUCAGAACCAAAAGGAUAAAGGCAUCACUCAUGCAAAGGAAAAUGCAGACAAGAUGCUCCUGAAUAGUCCACCUCCAACAAUGCGGUUGAUGGGAAAAGAUGUUACAAUUUGUCGAAGUAGUGAUGAGAUACAAGAAUUUGCAGAUGGAAAGGUCUGGACUGAUAAGGAAAUCAUAAAGGAGCAGCAUCCUCAAAGUAUUGCCCUUCAGAAUUCCUUUCUUGAUAGACGAUUACCAGAAGACUGGCUUUUGGAUCCAGCAUCAGGAAAAUUUAAAGAAACUCGUGUUCAACAAUUUGAAAUAGAGAGCAGCCAGGCCUUUCCCUCCAAUGUACUCAUGAAGUCUCCUGAGUGUAAUUUCUUUCAGCCAGGUCUUAACUGUAGAGCAAAUCCAGAAUUCCAUAAUAGCAGCCUAGGAAUGGCAGGAGAUCCUAAUCCAAAAUCACACCAUUUAGCUCAUCCACCCACUUCCCAUGCUAUUUUUGACAGUGGAGCUGACUACCCGGAGCCUUUUAUAUCCAGAAAUGAAACUUUAAGAGUUAUUUCUCGACUACCCGCAGCAUCUACUUCACACAGAAACUAUCAGAAUAUAAAUGGGAAUUCUGUUGAACUCGAAAACAAGCAGAAUCUACUGAAUGCCGGAAACUCGUCUUUCAACUUUCCUUUUUUGUACCCAGAUCAUGUUGAAAAUUUCCAUCCGUCUUGGGUUCGUGGCUCCUCAAAGGGCCUGAUGCCAUGGUUGUUACAAGCAACACAGCAAGCGAAGGCACCAAGUACACGUUCUCGACCUCUUCCUGAAGUGGGUGGUAGGUUUCAUCCGCAUACUGCUCGAACUAGUUUUCUUACCAACCACUUGGUUCCUCAUUCGCCAGUUGUUAAUGAUCACCACUUGCACAUGGAAAGUUCAGUUGGGCAACCAUCUGUAGCUCACUCCCCACUCAUCCUACCUGUUCCUGGAAUUAAACUAAAUUCUUCUGUUAAUAUGAGCCACAGGAACAGAAUGAAGUCAAAAAGUGUUGGCAUUCAGGACCCUGAUAUUUGCCAGAAGACAAGGAAGAGACCUGGAGCGAGAGAAGAUUAUUCAAUGAAGCCGAUUAAGAUACCUAAUCUAGGAAUUCAAGAUGAAUCAAGAGCUGCCGCCCUGUUGGCUAGAGAAAAGUUCAUCGAGGACAUUCAAUGUAACACAGAGUCACUUGAAAUUGAACCCGAAAGGAAUGAAGCAAGCCUUGUAGGAUGGAUUCCAAAUGAGUCUCAAUGUAAUGGGUUUGGACUUUCAGCUGGCAUUGAUUCUUCUAAAGUUGAUGGUGUGGCAAGAUCAGGUCCUAUUAAACUGAGUCCUGGCGUGAAGCACAUCCUGAAACCCGGCCACAGCCAAACUGUGGAUCAGGAUAACUCGAGGUUGAUCCAUUCAACUAUUCCUUUUGCAUCUAUGACUGAUUGUGGUAGCAUUUUGGAGACUCAGAAGAAAUCAACAAAGAUUUACAGGUUUUAGGAGUAAGUCUUAUCCUCCUGCGGUUAAAAUUUUCUUUUUCAGUUUUCGUCACCCAGGCUUUAUAAGUUGUGCAUGUGAAUGUAACAGGACUAUGUAUCUACUAGCCUGCAUGAUACAAGACUGUAUUUGACUGCUCUUUGCUUGCAACUUCCAAGGUAUCAUUAAAGAAUGAAGUUAAGUUUUCAUGCAUUUGCUACCAGCUCCAACUAGUAUAAUAACCGACAUAAAGAGCAAAAACAAAACGAAAAUUACAGUUAUUACAAUCCAAGAGCCGAGGAUCAGUGAUUUACUGCAUCAUGGUUUAAGCUCCUUCACUCCCUCUUUUCCAAGAAAACAAAAAAGAAGUUAUUUCUUUAAUUUGAGGUUUCUGUACUUUGAAUUUGUAAUACAAUGUUGUAAAAUGUGAAUUUAUACUUCUUACUGAUACCAUUAGAAGAUGUUU